CAUUUCUACAGCCGGAAAAAACACUCGCAAGAUUUACACCAGAUGCUCUUCCUCUUUCACUUUGCUGUGAAACGUUUUGCGGAAUUGCUUCCGUUCACUUUAUGUUGUGCGCUUGUGUUUCAAGUUGCUUUCAGUGUGAUUACUUUGUUUGAUUUGUAAAAUGUGACAAGCACCCGACAUGAAGAUGCUUGACUUUGUUCCGAGUGGAUCAUUUGGCAGAUUAAAAAUAGUGAAUCUUCUGUUCAAAUAUUGUUUUUCCUUCCUCCCGUGUGGUCUCUGGUGACCAAAAAUGUGGGUUGACUGGUUACCGUUACCGCACACAACUUCAGAAUGGGUAGGAGUUGUUUCAUUUUUGUUGGAAACUAACUUCCCCCCCCCCGCAAGAAGUUUCCUCUUCAAUCAGUUAUGAAGGGGGCCCGGCUCGAGAAUGGAGUAAACGAAUAAAUGAAUUAUGAAGUAAGAGUCUCUAACCGAACAUAGAGAUCACCUCCUGACACGCAGAACUCCUCCAUUUCAAAGCCUAUCCUGUUUCACCUGGCAGGAAACCGGCCCCUGUGCCGGUUGGGUGACGUCGGGGACCUGUCACGCUCCACGUAGCAAACUCUACUUCCUGUAGCAGGUGGCAGCGGAUCACUAAGGGUGAGGUGGAUUAGCGGCGGGGGGUCCAAAGCGGAGGGGGUUGUCCGUCGCCAACAGGUGAGGGAGUGGCCGCUUGAUCCGGCCGGCCAACCCGCCGCCACGUGGGUCCUGGAGGACUGUUGGCCAGAGCAGGUGGAUUCAGGUGUUUAUUGAGAGGCGUGGUGUGUUUGUUCGCACUCUGGCCUCCGUCAGCCCCGUGGGACUAUUUCCCAAAGAGACAAUGAGGAGGGUUGUGCGCAACAUUUUCCGCUGCUUGACUUGGACCGACGCACAAACUGGUUAACGGAAUGUUUUUCCUGUUUGUCCGCAUUACUUACCUGGAUGCUCAGUGAGUAAGAGCAGCUUCAAGAGCGGCGCAUUCUGAAACAUGCGUCUGUUCCUACGCCGACGUAUAUCCCCCCUGAAACUGGUGCUCCUCGGGGGGACGUUCUUCCUGGUGGUGCUGGUGGUUCUCCAGAGGGAUGUUGGGUCUUCUUCUGGUGCUGGUGACCCCUGGUUUAAGGAGCUGGCGGACCAGAAGGAUAAGGUGAUGGUCAUAGUCCGGGAGGCCGUCAACAACAUUGGUUUCCAGAUCGGAGCUCCGCAGGAACCGUCAGUGCAGCAGCAGCAGCCCACCGUGGACGCCAAAUGCCUUCCCGGAUUCUACCUCGAGUCUGAGCUCAAACCUCACCUGGAGAGACCUCCUCAGGACCCCACAGCCCCCGGGGCUGACGGGAAAGCGUUCGCCAGGGACAACAUGUCCCCAGACGACGUGAAGGAGAAGGAGGAGGGAAUGACGAGGCACUGUUUCAACCAGUUUGCCAGUGACCGUAUCUCGCUCAGCCGGAGCCUCGGGGAUGACACGAGGCCUUCAGAAUGCGUGCGGAGGACGUUUCGUCGCUGUCCUCCCCUGCCUACCACCAGCGUAAUUAUUGUCUUCCACAACGAGGCCUGGUCGACCCUCCUCAGGACGGUCUACAGCGUCCUGCACACGUCUCCUGCCGUGCUGCUCAAAGAGAUCAUCCUGGUCGAUGAUGCCAGCGUUUCAGAUCACCUGAAGAGCAAACUGGAUGAAUUUGUGGUUCAGUUUAAGAUUGUCCGCGUUGUGAGGCAGCGGGAGAGGAAGGGCCUCAUCACUGCCAGGCUGCUGGGGGCCAGCAUUGCUCAAGGCGAAAUCCUCACUUUUCUCGACGCACACUGUGAGUGUUUCCAUGGUUGGUUGGAGCCGUUGUUGGCUCGCAUUGUUGAGGAACCCACUGCCGUGGUUAGUCCAGAGAUCACAACCAUUGACCUCAACAACUUCCAGUUCAACAAGCCCGCGGCCUCCAACCGCGCCUCCAACCGAGGUAACUUUGACUGGAGCCUGAGCUUCGGCUGGGAGGCGAUCCCCGAGGACGCAAAGAGGCUGCGCAAGGAUGAAACCUACCCUGUAAAAACACCCACUUUUGCCGGAGGUCUUUUCUCAAUCUCAAAGACGUACUUUGAACACAUUGGAACAUAUGACGACAAGAUGGAGAUCUGGGGGGGUGAAAAUGUGGAGAUGUCCUUCAGGGUGUGGCAGUGUGGGGGUCAGCUCGAGAUCAUCCCUUGCUCUGUGGUGGGCCAUGUCUUCCGCACCAAAAGCCCCCACACCUUCCCCAAGGGCACAGAGGUCAUCACUCGCAACCAAGUCCGCCUGGCUGAGGUCUGGAUGGACGACUACAAGAAGAUCUACUAUCGCCGCAACAAUAACGCUGCAGUCAUGGCCAGAGAGCAUAACUUUGGGGACAUAACCGAUCGCCUAAAUCUGAGAGAGAAGCUCAAGUGCAAGAACUUCACCUGGUACUUGAACACCGUUUACCCAGAGGCCUUCAUUCCAGACUUAAACCCAGAAAAGUCUGGAGCAAUUAAAAAUUUAGGAUCUAACACCUGUCUGGACGUUGGGGAGGCAAACACUGGCGGUAAAGCUGUGAUCAUGUACCAGUGUCACAACAUGGGCGGCAACCAGUACUUUGAAUACUCAUCUCAUAAGGAGCUGCGUCACAACAUUGGAGCUCAGCUGUGUCUUCAUGCCAUGCCCCAGUCAGAGCCAGUGUUGGUCCACGUCUGUGAGCUGAAGGGGAAGGGCACCCGUUUGGCCCCACUACAGGAGUGGGUCUUUACGGAGGAAAAGCUGCUGAAGAAUCCCAGUACUGGAAAAUGUUUGCGGCUGGUUGGAGGCAAGCUUCAGAUGGACCAAUGUAAUACCGGCGACCUCUACCAGCAGUGGACCUUCAGCUGACCUCCCCGUCUGCCCAUUAGGUGACCUCGUGUCCCCCUUCCUCAGACUCUGGUCUCAAGAGCCAUCUAGAAGGCCUCCUUGCCGUGGAGCAUGGGGCAUAUGGCUAUUCUGAGUGGCUGGUGAAAUGUGGAGGACAAAGAGAAGACAGUUGGAAUCUGUUGAAGACGCUCGGGUUAGCCGUGACUUGUUUUUAGAUUUAUUUAUGAUGGACAGAGACCUGUCUAAAGGUGGAUGGGAAUUUUGAGAAACUGAACUGUGGGGCGAUGGGAGUGAACCGGAAUGAUACACUAAAACUCCGGUUUCUAAAAUAACGUUAAUGGCGUAAUAAUGUUUUAGUUAAAUUUUUAUUGUCUGACAAUGAAUGUUGAAACGUGAUUAUGAAUAUGUGGCGCAUUGGAAAUCAAGAGAUGUCUGUUUUUUUUAAAUAAAAAUUAUUUGUUCUGUCAGAUAAA